AUGGAUUGCGGGGAUGCCUCGAAGCAGAGCCGGCGUUUUUGCGUGUUGUCCUGGGAUCAGGUGCAGCGUUUGGAUUCCAUCCUGGGGGAAGCUGUGCCCAUCCACGGCAGGGGAAACUUCCCCACGCUGUCCAUGAGACCCCGACAGAUUGUCCAGGUGGUGCGGGCCCGGCUGGAGGACAAGGGAGUGUGCGUUAAAGACGUCAGGCUAAACGGCUCGGCUGCCAGUCACGUACUCCACCAGGACACCGGGCUGGGCUACAAGGACCUAGAUCUGAUCUUCGGCGUGUCGCUGAAGGACGACCAGGCGUUCCGUCUGGUCAAGGAUGUGGUGUUGGACUGCCUCUUCGACUUCCUUCCCCCAGGAGUCUCCAAGGAUCGUAUCACAGCGCUGACCCUAAAAGAGGCCUACGUUCAGAAACUGGUGAAAGUCUGCAACGACACCGACCGCUGGAGCCUCAUCUCGUUGUCCAACAACACGGGCAAAAACGUGGAGCUAAAAUUUGUGGACUCUCUCAGACGGCAGUUUGAGUUUAGCGUGGACUCCUUCCAGAUUUGCCUCGACUCUCUUCUCCUAUUCGACCGGUGCUCCGAGACGCCCAUGUCGGAAAGCUUUCAUCCCACAGUGGUCGGCGAGAGCGUGUACGGUGACUUCCAGGAGGCAAUGGAUCAUUUGUGUCAGAGGACUAUAGCCACGAGAAGCCCAGAAGAGAUCCGAGGGGGUGGGUUGUUGAAGUACUGCCACUUACUCGUACGAGGCUUCCGAGCGGCCUCCGAGUCGGACAUGAAGCAGAUGCAGCGCUACAUGUGCUCGCGCUUCUUCAUUGACUUCUCUGACAUUGGCGAGCAGCAGCGCAAACUGGAGGCUUACCUCCAAAACCACUUUGCUGGCAUGGAGCACAAACGCUACGAGUGCCUGAUGACGCUGCACCAGGUGGUGAACGAGAGCACCGUGUGUUUGAUGGGUCACGAGAGGCGCCAGACUCUCAGCCUCAUCUCCAUGCUGGCACUGAGGGUGCUGGCCGAGCAGAACGCCAUCCCCACAGUAACCAACGUCACGUGUUACUACCAGCCAGCACCCUACGUCCAGGACAUUAACUUCAGCAAUUACUACAUCGCACAUGUACAGGCACCACACGUGUCGCCGUGCGCCACUUCCUAUCAGACAUGGCUGCCUUGUAGCUGA